UGCAGAGAUAGGUAUAGGCGUUUUGCAUGACUUUUGUAUAAUUGAUUUCGACAGAAGUAACGAUAACACGAAGUGCAGCCGUGCUGCAGCAUACGGCACAUGAGUGCAAAGUUGAGGAACUGGUAACUCGGUUACAAGCUUAAGACUAACGUUUUUGGUUUGCGGCCUGGUUGCAAAUUAUAAUCCAGUUAAAAGAAUUAUGGCAUCCCUAAGUUGUUUGUUGUCUUUUCUGGGCUCCUGUCAAAGUUCUUUUGCGGCAACCGGGAUUCUCCUUGUCCUCUUUCUGCUAGCUCGCACGCUGUAUAUUUUUGGGAAAAAUGUGUAUGUGUAUUUCUUAGCAGAACGUCUGGGUAAAACUGUCGACUUCAGAAAAUUCGGAAAAUGGGCAGUUGUUACCGGCGCUACAGAUGGUAUCGGAAAGGGAUAUGCACUUGACCUUGCACGAAGAGGAUGCGAUAUCGUUUUGAUUAGCCGGAGUGAAGAUAAACUGAACAGUGUCGCAAAGGAAAUUGCUUCAAAGCAUGAUGUUCUCACGCGUAUUGUUGUGGCUGAUUUUGGUUCCGACGAACGGAUAUACGAAAAAAUCCGCACGGAACUGGAAGGUUUGGAGAUCGGCACGCUGGUCAACAACGUCGGCAUGGCCUUGCUGUAUCCAGACAUCUUCCAUCGUGCUCCCGGUGGCAUUGAUGCUAUGUUGAAAAUGAUCCGCGUUAACUGUGUUGCGCAAACUAUGAUGACCAGAAUUAUUCUGCCUCAAAUGGUUGCAAGAAACAAAGGCAUAAUCAUUCAUUUAUCAUCUGCCGCCGGAAACAUCCCUAUUCCGCUUCUGGCCGAAUAUUCCGCUACUAAAGCUUACAACGAUUUUCUGGGAAGAGCCCUCCAGCACGAAUAUAACGAUAAAGGGAUAAUUUCUCAAGUGAUCUUCCCUUACGGAGUGGCAACUAAUAUGUCAGGAAGAAGCAAGACCAACCUGUUUAUGCUGAAUGCCGAAGCAUAUGCCCGAAGUUGUCUUAAUUCCGUGGGAUUUUUUUCACGGACCAACGGACAUCCUUCACACUGCAUCCAGAACUGGAUAUUUGAGCAUCUGCCGUCUGGAAUAUUUUCGAAGGUCCUGCGCAAAAUUAUGGAGAAAGGACGAACCAGACACAUUAACAAAUUGAAAGAAACUGGCGAAUACAAAGGAGAAUAAAUAAAUGAUUUUGACUCUCCGCGUUUUAACGUUUUCCCUUAUUCUGUUGCAGUACUUAUACUCAAAUGCGGCAUUUAUGUGAUAGUUUUGUGGCGUUUUCGAUAGCGAAGCUUUCAUUAUAAGUUGGCAUAAUUUCUCUACCCAAAAUGCCGCUUAUAAAUAUUUCAGGAGAUAUGUUGAGACUAAAAAAAUGAAAAUAGACUACUG